GGCUGGAGGCGACAACUGCUGAGAGAGGGGGUCAGGGAGCUGCGUGCCUAAAACUGCCAAGGAGAUACAGCAGAGAAAGUUAGUGCCAAGAAAGAAAAAAAAGGAAAUUAGGGAUGCACCCUGAAUCGCUGAAGAUUUUGUGGGGAGCUGUUGUCUCAUUCUGCUUGCUACAGGAGGAGGCUGUAGGAGCAGCAAGGGAAAGACCACAAACAGCAGGUUGGACCGAAGACCGUGCAUCAGUGACGGGGGCAAAACCUCAGCCCUGGGAGCGAAGGACACGAGAGACCUCAGCGAAAGACAAGAAGACACAGAUCAUCCAUGAUUUUGUUGGGGGAAGUCUGGCCAUUGACACUCUGCCAGAGAACGAGACUCAGAUCGUGGAAGACAACCAUAACUACUACAUAUCCCGGGUUUACAGUCCAAGUGAAGCACGAGCCAAGGACCUCUGGGUGAACAUAGCAGAAGCCAACAGGACCCAAGUCAGGGUCCAUAGGAUCCUGUCCAAUACACACAGGCAAGCUGCGAGAGUCACCCUAUCAUUUGCCUUCCCCUUUUAUGGGCAUCACCUGUGGCACGUUACCAUAGCAACAGGAGGGUUCAUCUUCAUGGGUGAUGUCAUUCACCAGAUGCUGACAGCCACACAAUACGUUGCUCCUCUUAUGGCAAACUUCAACCCCAGCUACUCCCCUAAUUCCACCAUCAAAUACUUCGACAAUGGGACAGUCUUUGUUGUUCAGUGGGACCAAGUAUAUCUGGAAGGGAAGGAAGACAAAGGCUGCUUCAUCUUCCAAGCAGCUUUGCACAUUGAUGGCAGAAUUGUCUUUGGCUACAAGGAGAUCCCCAUGUCGGUCUUGGAAAUUAGCUCCACGCAACACCCUGUCAAAGCCGGCCUCUCGGAUGCUUUCAUGGUUGGCAACUCCUCUCCUGAUGCACCUGGACACCAGCGUCGGGCCAUCUAUGAAUACCACCGUGUAGAGCUGGACACCAGCAAGAUCACAAGUGCAUCAGCGGUGGAGUUCAUGCCUUUGCCCACCUGCCUCCAGCAUCAGAACUGUGAAGUCUGUGUGACAUCGGACCUAACCUUUAACUGCAGUUGGUGUCAUGUCCUGCAAAGGUGUUCCAGUGGAUUUGAUCGAUACCGUGAAGAGUGGUUGACAUAUGACUGUGCCCGAGAGUCAGAAGAGAGGACUUGUGCAGACUUUGAAGAGGAUGGACAUUACUACUCAUCACCCCCCGACAGCAGUCCCUUCACACCGUUCAGGGAGGAUGUCACAACUACUUCUUCCCGUUUUGUUGACAGCCUAACCACUGAAGAUGACACAAAGUUAAACCAGAAUGCAGAAGGAGAAGGUUUGGGAAACGAUGACCUCCCCACAGAGAAAGUGGGGUCCCAGAUCCACACAGGAACAAUUGUGGGGAUUGUGCUGGCAGUCUUGCUCAUUGCCGCCAUCAUCUUGGCUGGCAUCUACAUCAGCCUAAGUUUCAAUCCUACCUCCAGUGCGCCUUGGUUCUUCUUUGAGCGAAGGCCGCAUCAGUGGCCCGCCAUGAAGUUCAGAAACCACACAACGUAUACUGAAGUGGAGCCAGCUGGUCACGAGAAGGAGGGUUUUGUCGAAGCCGAUCAAUGCUGAGAGCAGCACUCCAGUUUCAUUUCUCCCACACCUUUAAAACUUCAAGGGUCUCCCCAAGUCACAGUGUCUCCUGUUUAUUUCAUUAUGAACUGGAACUGCAGGAACAGUUAAAAGGGGAAUGAAAAAAAAGAAAAUAUGAUUGAAAAUGAAAGCCCCCUCCCCCCCGAAACUGAAAUGGAAACAUGAAAAUCACAGAAGCAAGGGGGAAAACUACAAGAGAAUCAGGACUUUAUACUGCGGUGUAACAUGUGUCGCCAUCUUCAGCUGGUUACAGUGCCAGUAAAAAGCGGCCUCUGUCCUGUCUGCUU